AUGAAAACAAUAUGACACCGAAGAAAACCCAAAACUUCAAAAAGAAGGAAAAACAAGUUAAAACAUAUAAUUCAGAUCCAAACCCAUUUGCCCAUUUCUCUAUUUCUCUCAUGAUCUUAUCCACUCCAAUUACAUUAUUGUUCAGCUUGCUGAAGAAUGGGUGAGUAAUGGCGCUGGCAGAAGCUAGGGCUGCUUGGCAGAGAACAGCUAACCGAUACUUGGUCCAAGAGGAUGCCAAAAGAGCUCCAAAGUUAGCUUGCUGCUCGACAACAGCCCCACCGGUUAUACUAGACGAUGUAGGAUCCACAAAUAUAGCUGACAGUGAAGAUAUUCCUAAGAUAACUCCUCUGCCUCUUAAUCAGAACUCGUCAGAUUUUAAUUUAUCCCCCAGUUCAAGAUGGUGGCUGCAGCUGCAACCAAAUUGUGGAUAUCAAAAUAGUUCAAUGAAUAUGGAGACCUUUGAAACCCGUGAAAACUCAGGUGCCUACUCAAAGAAUGAAACUGCCUACCAAGAGUCUUCCCUUGAUAAUCACUCUAGCAAGUUCACAACUUGUGAGAAGAAAGAUUAUAGGGUUGAAGAGCAAGAGUUAAGUUCUUUGUACUCAAAGAAUACCAGAUAUCCUUUUGAGCAUGAAGAAGCAAUAGAAUUCAGUGAACUAGCCAACAUGGAUUUUGUUGAUUGUAAAAUUCCCAAGAAGUCAAGCGAUCUAUAUUUGGAUUUGAAGUCAUCUUGUAUUGGGGCCGAGAAAAAUGUGCCAUGGUGGCGAACUGCAGAUACAGAAGAAUUGAUUUCAUUGGUUUCUCAGAGGUCGCUUGAUGUUAUCGAAAAUUGUGAUCUUCCUCGUCCUCAGAAUACUCGUGUCAGGAAAAACCUUGAUACUAAUGUAUGCAGUUUUAGUUGUGGGGGAAUUUACAAGUCGUCAUUAGACCUGAAGCUCAACAUGGGGAGUUACAAGAAUUCAACUGUUCCUACACCAUACAGUCUUAAAUCAGAAAGUGCGAGCAAAAAACACUGGGCAAAUGUUGAAUGUCGACCACUGUCUAAUGCAAACAAAUCAAUGAGUGGCAGUCCAACUCAAAAAGUGGCACCUGAAAUGAAUGCAUAUGGGAAUGAUCCAAGCAAGGCUCAACUUCUGGAUGCACUACGUCUCUCUCAGACGCGUGCUCGGGAAGCCGAGAAUGCAGCAAAACUCGCACAUGUGGAGAAGGAACAUAUUGUGAAGCUAGUCUUUCGACAAGCAUCAGAGCUUUUUGCUUAUAAGCAGUGGUUCCAUCUUCUGCAACUUGAGAACAUUUAUAUCCAGAUGAAGAGCAACUGUAGCCAGCCGAUAUCAACUGUCUUACCUCAGACGCCUCAAAGAACUAGGAAAAUACGAAAGACCUGGCAGAAAUCUACCUGGAGAAAAUGGACCAAGAAACCUCGUUAUAGAUAUAAUAUUAGCAAAUACGCAAUGGUUUUUGCUUUAGGGUUGGGCCUAGUUGGUGCUGGUUUGUUAUUGGGAUGGACUGUCGGGUUGAUGCUGCCAACGUUGUAGGCAUACAGGUUUUUUUUUAUGUUUUUUCGUACUUGCCCACAUGUGGAAAUAUUUAUGUACGUAUUUAUUUUGAUGUCUUGACGGUUGAUUGUUGUUGAUACUAAUGCCAGUUUUAUGCUUCAUUUUUGACAAGUAAUCUGUCAUUUACCGAGUCCAAAGUAUCUUCUUUAAUGGAAGCUAUGUGAAUAGAAAGUUUUAAAUA